AUGGCUAGUAUUAGAAAUGAGCUAAUUGAACAAUGUUUAUUAGAAGAAGACGACAGCGAUUGCGACGCCGUUAUACCGUGUGAAAAUGACUGCGAAUCCGGUCACUUGAGUAUAGCGUCAGGUCAUCAAAGUGAGGUAGAUGCUGAGGAUAUCAACCAGCUUCCUACCCACUUACAAAGUCAUCCAAUAAGGCAAACCCGCUCUCGCCAGUCUUCAAAUGAGUCCACUUUAUCAAACCGGGAACAUCCUCGCAUCUUAAGCCCUACUUUAUCGGUUUCUAGAAAUUAUUUCAUUGGUAAAGACGGAACAAAAUGGCAGAAAAAUCCACCAAGAAUAAAUGUACGUACCAGAAAUGAAAACAUAAUAAAGGAAACACCGGGAGUCAAGUCGCAUGCAAGGAAUAAGAAAUCACACUUAGAAUGUUUUGAACUGUUUUUGUCGGAGGAUAUUCUGUAUUCAAUUUUGAUACACACGAAUAACAGGAUUCAAACAAAUCUACUAUUAAAAUAUGGUACUUCUGAAACCAUUGACUGCACGAGAUCUGAAAUUACUCUUAUUGAGCUUAAGGCAUUAAUCGGAUUAUUAAUAUUAGCUGGGGUAUAUCGCGCUGGAAGAGAAAACUUAGAAGACUUGUGGGCGACGGAUGGUACGGGUAUUGAAAUAUUUCGUCUAACUAUGACACGAAAUAGAUUUACCUUUCUACUCAAUAACUUAAGAUUCGAUGAUAUGUUGACAAGGACAGAAAGAGCUUCAACGGAUAGACUAGCACCUAUACGACAUAUAUUCGAAUGUUUUGUAACCAACUGCCAAGACGCAUAUACACCCUACGAAUACCUCACGUUGGAUGAGGAGCUUGUCGCGUUUAGAGGAAAAUGUGGUUUCAGACAGUACAUACCAUCGAAGCCGGCAAAAUAUGGUAUAAAAAUCUAUGCUCUCGUUGACUGUAAAACGUUCUAUACAGUAAACUUAGAAAUCUACUGCGGAAAACAACCUGAUAACAGCCCAUACACUGUCAGCAACAAACCAUACGAUGUAGUAGACAGGAUAGUAAGAUGCGUUUCGGGUACUUCACGUAAUGUUACAAUGGACAAUUUUUUUACCAGUUUAGAGAGCACACAACAUUUACUAGAGUACCACAAGCUCACUGUUGUCGGUACUUUACGGGCAAAUAAAACCUGUUUACCAGCUGAAUUCAAGACCAGACGUGAGGAGAAAUCUUCAAUGUUUGGGUUCCAAAAAGAUAUCACUUUGGUGUCUUAUGUGCCAAAACCGAGAAAAAUGGUUUAUUUAAUGUCAUCACUCCAUCAUGAUCAAAUAAUAGACGAACAAACUGGAGCUCAACAAAAACCAGAAAUUAUCACCUUCUAUAAUGCAACAAAAAGCGGCGUAGAUGUAGUUGAUAAGCUUUCAAGAACUUAUGAUGUUUCCCGCAACUCGAAUCGGUGGCCACUCACUAUAUUUUUUGCUUUGGUGAAUCAUGCAGGUAUAAACUCAAUGAUAGUCUAUCUAUCAAACAAUAAUAUACAAAUGAAAAAAUCUAACCAUAGGCGAAAAUUUCUCAAGAAAUUGGGUUUAUCGCUGCUGGAAGAGCAUCAGAAAAAUAGAAAAGAAAACGAAAGGCUGCCCAAAGAAUUACGUAAAAGAUUAGGAGAACAUCUAGGAGAACCAUCAUUGGCUUCACCGG